UACAGUUCAAUGUCAAAUUCAUCAAAUUGCCAGAGUGAUUAUGUCAAAGACACUUCCUUGAAUAUAAUAUGUAAAUAAAUUAUAUUCUAAAAAAAAUACUGUGAGGCCAUAUCUAACAAAUACUUGGUCAGCAAAAGUCUACAGCGCCCAAGUAGUCUUUAAAAAACCUAAGGAGUUAUCUAAGUAUUGCGGUCAACAUGGUUUGUGUUCCUUGCUUCGUCAUUCCUGUGUUGUUAUUCCUUUGGCACAAGUUCAUCCAACCCUAUGUGCUCCGUUUCUGGAAUCCUUGGGCUGUUAAAGAUGCUGAUGGAAACGUAAAAACAGAAUUUCCGUUCAAAUGUGAAGGCGGAGUGUGCGCAUUUAGCAGGAAGAAGGAUGACAAAAAAGGAAACAAAACAGAACAAAAAGACUUAAAUGCUACCUCGGAACCACAUAGAGUUAAAGCCGACUAGUGGAAUCAUUAUGUUAAAAUGUUGACUUCGCAUUUGCCUACAAUGCACAUAGUUAAUUCCGAUCAACCAGGAUGCUAAUUUUUAUCAAGUUUGAACAAGCCUGUGAUAUAUAUAACAUUAGCCAUUCACCAUUCCAUGAAAUAAAUAAUAC